UAAGUGGAGCUGGUCCGUGGAGCUUGCGGUUCAAGUCGUUCCAGCUUAGUACUUUUCAGGAAACUAGAGCCGUGGAUUCAGAAGGAAAUUUAGGGGUUUAGAAGCGUUGGUUUCUUCGCCGGGAUUUGCUCUUAGAGUGGAUUCAAAUUAGAAUUAAAAUUCGGAUAUUUUGUGAUAUAUAUAUCAUCAGAAUGGCAGUAGGACAGGUUCGGCAUGAAGAAUCUGUAACAACUGGUUUAAAGUUUGUUCCUCGGACGCGCAUUUUAGGAAGAAAAAGGAUUGUGAUUUCAAAUAAUUUGGAUUCAUCUAAUUUAUCUUCUCCAUUAAGUGGACCGUUGCAAAAGAAGAUGGAGAGAUCCAAUCGCAUCGAGUUCCUACCCCAAGAUGUCUUGGUUAGGAUACUAUGCAAGGUGAAUUAUAGCGACUUGAAAGAACUCCUUUUGGUAUCCAAGUUUGUCCAUGGAGCGACUUUGAUUGCCAAGGAGGUGCAUUUUGCUUUUACCACUCCGUCUUCGAAGCCCGUCUUCGGAAGGGAAAGACAUAUGGGAGAUAUUGAUUCAGAAGUUAGUGAAGAGGCACCAAAGCAACUGAGGGUUGCCAAAUCGCGGGUAGAUAGAAAAACACUAUCAAGUAUUGCUGUUGCCCUCUUCACAUCACCAGAGGAGCAGUGGCCAAAGAAUGGAUUAGCUGCAGAGAUGUAGAUAUGAAAUUCAGUAGUUUUUGUUCAUAUAAGCAUUUUGUAGACAUUAUAAUAGGUUGGCAUUUUUGAUUUCGAUAGGCAUAGUUUCUGCUGUUCUAUUCUGUUGCUUUGUGUUGUACUCUGCUAAUGUUAAGUCACAGUGGAAGCCUUUCUUCAAAUGCAUUUAUUGAAGAGAGAUGGCUUCCUAUGAUGUGUGUAACUAGAUAUAGGAAUGAUGUUAGAAGAUUGUUUCUCUCUUUUAUGUAGAUAAAUUUGUUGUACACCAGGAUCAAAUUGUAUUUGAAGGCUUAUCCUUCUUUAUACAUAAGGAGAAUAAAAUCAUGGUCUCAAUAUUUGUU